UGAUCUCGGUGUAAGAUUUUAGAGAAGAGCUGGCAGGUCAGGCUGAGCAUUUAUCUGCUGCUAAAGGAGCUGAAGGAAAGAGGACACACUUGCCAAGUACAUCUCAGGAUCAUGCCCAGUGCUAUUACAUUGGAGCAAGGCAACCCACUGCUCAUCUGAAAAGGCACUGAUCGGGAAUUAGCAAAAUGGAAGACCUACAUAAAAGCUCUUUGGAAUACAAAAUGAAAGAAACUCCGGUGAAGACGGAAUUAGGCUCCCGCUGUGUAAUCUUUACUUAUUAUCAAGGGGACAUUAAUAGUGUUGUUGAUGAACACUUUUCUAGAGCCCUAAGGACGACAAAGGACCCACAGGACUUAAGCACUAAAAAUCGAGGCGAUGACUACCUUCCAAAGAACAUGAGUACUAUGGCAAACGAUGAUAUGAACUGGACAAAGCCUUAUCAAGCAAUACCUCCUGUAAGGAUGCCUGCAUCUGUCUUAACACCUCUACCUUCUACAUCAGACCACUAUGCCACAGUUUUCCAAUCACAUCCUCAUCAGCCAGCAGACAUUUGGCCGCUUUAUCACAUUGGGCCCCAUAACCCCAUUGCCCCUGUUUAUCAGCACUCAAUGUCUGAUUUCCCUAUGGUCCCAGGCACUGGCCCUGAUGGUAAGCCUGGUUCUCUUCUGAGUCUUCUACAGCAUGAAAGAUAUUCAGUUCCUCUUCAAGAGUCAAUGAUUAAGCAGGAGAUUCUCGCAUCUACAGCAACAGGGAUCUCUGCUCCGGAAAACCUCAAUCCAAGGAUAAAUCCUCAAACAGAUCUGCAUUCUCAGGAACGAAGAAAAGACUAUUUUCAUCCUCAAGAUCGAAGGAAGGAUUUAUACUUUUAUUAAACAUAUCGUUUUCAAUUCUUUCUCCUUCUAAGGAUACUUUUGUAAAUAUGUUGUAAAGUACAUGCAAAGGCCUUUUUUAUUGCACAUGGACUUCCUCAUUGGACAAGAGUAAAACAAUAUGUAGUGUUGUCAUUCCCAUGGUGCAAAUGGUUUCUUCAUAUUGGACACCGGAAAGCAAACUUUUGGUGGGGACCCUGCUUUGUUUGGACAGGAUUUCAGGAACCCUAAAGAAGAAAAUGAGUCACGUUUCCCAUUGUUCUUAUACACAUGCUCUUCACUUUCUUUUUAAAAUAAUCAUAAAAUGUGCCGAAAAGGAUAAGGGAGGCAUAAGAGUGUAGAAAAUGGGCCUCAGUUUAGUAAAAUCUCUGCUUAAAGGUGUAUUUAAUUAUGUUGUUUGGGUGAUUAGUAGGUACUUUAUGUGUAUUUCUAAGCUUUUGUUAAUUGUCUAUUAAACAUAUGUUAAUUGUUGAUAAUAUUAUGCAUGGCCCCUUUUUUGGGCCAAAUUAGAUUGGUAUAAUUGUUUAGCCAUAGACCAACCAUCAAAUCAAAUGGACAGGCCUAAGGUGGUUUGAUUUUCCGUGCUGCCCCAUCAGUAUCUGAGUGAGCCAUAAUCAGGUAUUGAUAUGGCAGGGCCUUGUUAUGGGUACAAAUAUACCCCUUCAGUGCGCUGCGAAACCUGAAAAACUGUCUGUCUAUUAUUUUGGUGUGAAAAUGUAGCUACAACGUACAGUAAAUAUACAUAAUGCAAAUGAGAAGGUUCUGUUUAUAUCCAAACGCAUAUCAUUUGUAUGAGUCACAACCAGUUUAUGUUAGCCAAAGCAGCCUUAUUUGCACAAUGCACUACAAGGAGUCCAUUCUACUAUCCGGUAUAAUUAACCUCAAACUCUCUCUCCUAUUGCUGGUGAUAAAACAACAUCAACAACAUCCACCAGCUGUAUUUUAUCCAUGUAGAUGAGCAGCACACGUUUUGUGAAAUGUAUUUGCAAGGACAUCACACUCCGGUAAUGAAGUUAAGACACUAUUAGUGAUAAAAUUGCCAGUCAGUAGCAACUAGAUAUAUUUGUAAUGCUAUUUCCAUAGCAUUUAAUCCAUUUGUAAAUAUCCUACCUCAAGUUUGAUCAUGAAAAAUAUUUUCUGUGUAAUACUACUACUACUGCAAUAACUGCACUUUUCAUUGAGCAACACAGUAUAGUUCCAUGUUUUUUGUAUUUGUAUUCAUUUUUAUUUUGUAUCUACUGGGGGAAAUAGAUGUGGGCAUUCUAUUUAUUUAUAUAUACUUUUAAUCAACUUUUGAAAAAUGCUUAAUUUCCUUAUAAAUAAAUCACUUAUUGAGGAACGUUUAAAUGAUUUACUGUGAAUAAACAUAAUAAAGCAGCCCAGAUUUCUUCAUUG